CACCUGCGCGCACCGGCCGCUGAGAGUGUGUUUGCAGGUGCGCAGCGAUGCGUUUUCUCACUUCCUGUGGCACUUCCUGUCGGGUUGGUGGCGGAUCUCGGGCCGCGGGCGUACAGGGUGAAACCACAUCGAACCACGUCUGCGAUGAGUAAAGCAGCGCUCGCUCACACACACGGAAGCCUGACCCCGAGCGUCCUGUCUGCCAUCGGCUUCAGAGAUGACAUCACUUCCUGCCCGGAGAGACUGGAUCUGGACCGCCGGGGUCUGACGGCGGUCCCGGAUCUGGAUCCGCGCAGGUGUGUGUCGCUGCGCCUCCUGAACCUGCAGCAGAACCUGGUCUCGCACCUGCAGGACCUGCUGCACCUGCGGCACCUCGCGCUCCUCGAUCUCCGGGACAACCGCGUGAUUGACAUGUGUGGUGUCUCCGCCCUUAGCUCUCUGCGUGUGCUGCUGCUCGGGAACAACAGAAUCCAGAGGAUCGGUGAUCUGGACGGCCUCGCCAAACUCGACGUUCUGGACUUGCACAGUAAUCAGAUCUCUCAGAUUGAGAACGUGUCGGGUCUGUCAAAGCUUCGUUUGCUGAAUCUGUCGGGGAACCGCAUCGCUCGAGUGGAGAAUCUGCGGGGCUUGAAGAGUCUGACCGAACUCAACCUGCGGCACAACAGCAUCUCGGACGUGACGGAUGUGCAGCAUCUUCCUCGUCUGCAGCGUCUGUUUCUCAGCGCUAACAGCAUCAGCAGUUUGGAUGCGCUGGCCUGUCUGUGGGACUGCCGCUCUCUGAGUGAGCUGAGCGUCGAUGGGAAUCCCGUGGCGCUGGAGUCAUGCUACAGACACACACUCCUCCGCUGCUGCUCGCCACACCUUCAGCUGCUCGACAUGAGGCGCGUCACGGAGGAGGAGAGGCGCUCGGCGAGUGUUUCGGCACGAAAGGAGGAUGAGAAGAAGAAAGAGAGUCACAAACUGGCUGCGCACAAGGAAAGGCGUCGACUGGCGAUCCAGAACGCAGCGCAUCAGUGGGAGGGGCUUAAACAGAACGAGGCUCAGCAGUGGGAGGGGCUUAAAGCCUCGAGCCUCGAGAUUCCUGCGCAGAACGGCUCAAAGGAAGAUGUCAGUCCAGACAAUAGCCCCGCCCACAGCCCUGCGCAGACAAAUGGAAGCGCUCAGGAGACCUCGCCGGACGAGCCCAGGCGCUUGAGUCCGCUCACACUCUCUGCUGGAGGGUUACGAUCCGCCAGUCGCCCGAACAGCCCCAGAGACUCCAGGUUUCAGGACGGUCCUGGCGUUCAGAGCCUGUCGAUGUCAGAGCGCCACCUGGCGGAGCUGGAGGGCGAGACACUGCGCUUGUUCGGCCCCGGGGCCCUGGAGACGCUGGAGCGCUGCUGGGGGGUCCAGACGGCCUCGAGCGUCACCACCGUCUCCUUCAGAUACAUACACUUCGACUCCAUCAUCCCCACAUUCCUGCGCAUCCGCCUCAAAUUCCCAAACCUCACGCACCUGAUGUUCAUGGAGACGAGCAUCACUCAUCUUCCUCAGCUGGCGGCUCUGGCUCAGAUCCGGCGUCUCGAUCAGAUCACCGUCCAUCCGGAGGGCAAUCCUGUGGUGCGACUGACGCUCUGGAAAUCUUUCCUCAUCUACAGACUUCAGCAUCUCAACCUGCAGAAGAUCAAUGGCACGGAGGUGACUAUGAAUGACAUCACGGCCUCCGAGUUGAUGUUCGGGGCUCUUGGUCACGUCGCUGCGACCGAAACGCCACGCUGCCGCUUGCUUCUGCUGCUGGAGGAGUCCAGGAAGCGUCAGCUGCAGUUCCUGCUGGACGGGCGCGGUCGGAGAACCGGUCAGAGUCCAGAGGAACUGAAGGACAACGGCAAACAUGCGGGAGACGGUUUGAGCCGAGCGCUCUUCAACUACCCCAGCCGAGUGUCCGACGGCCCUGAGGAGGAGGGUGAUGUUUCUCAGCGCUCAGCGAUGGUUCACCAGUAUCUGCGAGGUCUGGUCCACCGGGCCUCGAGUCACAGUGUGAAGGGAGAAACCCUGCAGAAGAUCUGGCCGUCGCUGUUCGCCGAGCUCGUGAGAGACUGUGUGCUGGAGAUGAGGGACACACAGGCGUUCAGACAGACGUGUCUCCAGAGGAUCACACACAGCAAAUAACAGGCUUAUCGUUUAUCCUUCACGCGAUAAACGCAGAGGUGUUCUAACUCGCUAUCGGUCACCCCCCUUUGAGCGCAGACAUGGAAAUGCACU